AUGGGGUUCAGCAAAAUGUUUACUUGGUUUUUCAUCACUUGGGUUUGUUGCAACUUGCAUGUCAGUUGCUCACAACAGGCUGAAAGUGUGAAGCAGAGGAAACCGUUUUUUGAACGGCUGAGACGGCUGGAGGAGCAGUUUCGACGAUUUCAAGAACUCAGCUUGACACGAUUACAAAUCAUUUCUGCCAACUUCAAUAUUUCUUCGAGCGUCGACCUUCGACUCCAGUCGUUAACAGAACAGUCCAAUAACAUCAGCGCUACAAUGAGCAGAUUCCACACUGCCGCCGAAAAUGACAUCGCCACCUUAAAAUCGUGGAUGAAGAAACUGCAGAAGAAAACCAAGAAAAUUGACCUGAAGAUGUCGACCUUGGAGCAGGUCCUCAACGAGCGAAGCAAGCAAUUGUCAAAAGCGAAGAAGGAGCAGAGCGAGAUGAUGUCCAACCUGACCACAGCCGUCCAGGGUCACAGGGAGCGAAUCAGCUCCCUGGCUGCAGGCAGGAGUAAGCUGCAGGAGGAAACCGAGAGCCUCCGGGAUGAGGUGAAACGCCACGCUAUGAUCAUAGCCAGGUUUGAGGAGCGGGUGAAAAGCGCCUUGCAGAACGACGCUCUCUCGGCAAAGCCCAGGCCAGUGCAGGCGGCAGCAGCGACAGAGCCGCGAGUGCACAGGGCGAAACCUGUGAAAGCGCACAAGCAGCAACAUACCCAAAGGGAAGGCUCAAUCUGCAAUGUGAAUUCGAUGAUGUACUUUCCCAAUUCUUCCAUUGAAAACUAUGCAAGCUUUGAUAAAGAAUUUUCAACUGGGCUAUUUGAAAUUACCAUCUGUUCUUGGCUCAAAACCAAGGCAAACUAUUUGGGAACAAUGUUGUCAUAUGCAACAGAGGAUAAUGACAACAAGUUGGUACUCCAUGGCAGAAAUACAAGCAAACAAACUACCAUACAUUUUGUAAUUGGAGAUCCAGCAUUCAGGGAACUUCCUGUGAGGUCACUCUUAGAUGGCAGGUGGCAUCAUGUAUGCAUCAUCUGGUCUUCCUUUGAGGGUAAGUACUGGUACUACGUAGACAGGCGUCUGGCAGCAACUGGUUCCAAAUUCCAGAAAGGCUAUGAGAUCCCAGCUGGUGGAACACUUAUAAUAGGGCAGGAACAGGAUAAUAUGGGAGGAGGCUUUGAUGAGACUGAGUCAUUUGUAGGGAAUUUGGCUGGAUUCACAAUUUGGAAUCGUGCUUUGUCUCCUGGAGAAAUCUCAGGUAUCACCACAGGAAAGUUGUUACCUGGAGGCCAAAUGUUAACUUUCAAUGAUAUUUCUAUUCUUAAUGGUGGAGUUCAACAUUAUAAUUGUACAUGCCUGGAACACUGUUAGGAACAAAGAUCAUUAGUUAAGGACUAAUUUAACUCUACUUUGUACUGGUCAUAUUCCUUGGUA